UAAGUGCAGGAGGAUGGAGAGUGAGGAGGGAGGUUCAAAAGGAGGGAGGAGAGGCUGAAAAUAGAGGAACUGAACACCAAUUUGCGAGGAGGAGACUUUUUAGAGGCGAGUAAAAAAAAUAUACAGUCAGUAUAACGGCGCAGGGAGGGCGGAUGCUCAGAAACUCUCUUGCACUCUUACUUUCCUCUUCUGACUCCGUCUCCCCUGUUUUUACCGUCUGCACCGCUCAGAGCCGCCAAGAAGAUAAAACCCCGGUUUUUGACUCAGUCUGUGAGUAUAUAUUUCUUUAUUCAGGAAUAUGUAAAGUGGAUGUUAGCAAAGGAAGACAGAAGGAAUAAAAAACAAUGUUAUUUUUGGAUAUAUCAGAUAAUUCUGCGUUUUCAAACUGACAAAAUGUUGAGCUCAGGAUCCAAAUUUAUCCAUUUGGCUCAUAUGUAACUUUUUCUGCUUUUUUCUUGUUACAACUCUGUUGUAGAAAGUAAUGCUUUGCAAUUAACUGUACUUAUAUAAGUACAGUACCACUUUCAGCAACUUUUAUAAUUGGCUUGAAUAUUUCACAUUUCUACAAUUACUUGUAUUUUCUUCAAUUACUGGAGAUGUAUUUAAUACUACAUUACAUUUUUUUUUAAUCCAUAUUUUAGGAUUUCACAGGUAAAAGACAAUCAUGCACUGUUACUUCACCUCCAACUGAAAUUAUAAAAUAAUCACAGGGCCCAUUUUUAAGUAUGAUUGAUAUGUUUUUAUACUUUAUAUGAUACUUUAGUGUGGUUUGCUGAUAAUUUCUCUACUUUUAUUUGAGUUGGAUUUAGAUUUUUAGGUUAUUUUAGAUAUUUUCGGGUAUUCACCUUUAUUGAUGGAACAGUGAACGUGAAAUGGGGGAGAUGGCGGAGAAGACACGUAGCAAAGGCCAGGUUGGAAUUAAACCUGCAGAUGCUGCAGGAUGAUAUCUUUGAUUGUUAAUGUUGAAUUUGGUGCUGGAAGUUAAGUAUUUUUACAUUGUGGUAUUACCUCUUUGACUCAAGCCCAAAAUGUGAAUGCUUAUUUCGCCCCUGCCAACAUUAUAAAUUAUUAUUAUUCAUCCAUUACAUUGGUCUUCAGUGUUUUUUACCUGUAGUUUAAAGUGUUAAAGGUGAUUAAGAUUUAUAUGAAACGAUAGUAAGUUCUCCACCUUUUAAAUAUUUUUUUUAUGGUCAAACACUGUUAAGACUUCUUAACUUUAGUUUGAAUUUUUGUUUAUAUUCCAAAUUUCACAAACUUUCACAUACUGAAUCUGGGCUAACUGUGUUUUACUUGAGGAACAGGACAUCCAGGACAAGAUGCAGCCAAAAAUACUUUUUUUACUGAACAGGCACACAUAUGACUCUAUCCUACAGUUUGGCCCUCAACACCUCAGAGUUGCAAAAGCUCUGUCUCUGUGUUAAAUGAAUGUCAUAGCAUGUCAUAAUUAAUUGCAUAUCUGCAUCUGGAUGUCCUUCAGUAAAAGAUAUAAUGUGGACCCUCUUGUAACAUACAGGAAAUGUAUUUAUGGCUGUAAUUAUGGUGAUUGAAGGGCAGUGCUGUACAUCCAGGAUGAAGAGCCAGCCUUUACCAUCUGCUCCAGCAGAGAGCAGGUCUGACCACACAGAGAGGGGAGGGGGUUCCUGUACAGUGUGAACAGCAGCAGCAGGUUCACUCCAGCCUGAUGCUGAUUAGAAGCUGCUCUGUGCAGCUCAGCUCUGUGUAACUUCACACUGUGUUAUCAGUUCAACAGGUUUUAAUUGUCACCAGACAAAAGGUUCAGUUUUCUGUGUUAAAGCUCGACUUCACACUGGAGAGACUCCUGGAAGAGAUGUAAUACAAGGUUGGGAAGUUUAUUCAGUCCGUCGUCCUGUGAGUAAAUGCAGGUUCUCCUGGAGGCAGAAAUAUCUUCAUAAGGUCUGUGCUGCUGUGGGAGGUGUACGGCAGCUGCUGCUGCCCACUGUAAAUAUAGAGGCCGUGGCCACAGGGCUCCCACGCCUCUGUGCUCCCUCUGCAAUAUGGCAUCCUCCUGGCUUUGGUGUGGUGGCUGGGUGGCCUCCCUCCUCUUUUCAAAUUAUAAGGCCUUCAGCACCAACCUUACUGUCUCCACCCCAAAUAAGUAAUGGCUACUCUGCAGCCUGCUUAAAUAGAUCUGGUGCAAGAGAGACAGACGGCGGCAGAAAACCUGGAAAAACCUAAUUCAAGAUGGAGACUGGAGUUUGAGAGGGUAAAAGGGUUUUGUUAUGUGUUUGCUGCAGGAGAGGGAGCAAACACGAUGAGUACAACGUUUCUGCUAGACAAAGGAAGCUCAGUCUUUGACUUCAGGCCUCUUAAAAAGUUUUAAUUUAAAACAUCUGAAAUAGGAAAAAUGCUUUUAGUUCAAGUGAUUAUGUGAAAUUCCAAGAAAUCCAAAACUUGUCAUUUGUACUCUUCUCUUUGUGUAUUGAUUUAAUGUUGGUUAAAAUGUAGAAUUACUGUUAGGCAGGUUUAGCUACAUUGGAUCAGGCUAACGUUUUUUUUCAUUAUUUCCAGUUUUAUUGCUAAGCUAGUUACCACCUGACUCCAUCUUCAUUAUUAAUGAACAGAAUCUUCUCGUCUGAGAUCUCUUCACAAGGAAGAGGAUAAACCUGCUUACAUACAUGACCUCUGGAUAAUAUCUGCCGUUCUCCCGAUGGUCUGUAUGGGAAAAUACAGUUAUACAGACUUUGUCUGAAGUUUCUCUUGCCAGCCCCCCUGAACGAGGUCAUGUGAGUGAACAAGGGGAAAUUAAAAAUAUCUCAGGAUGAGAAAGUAGUGCCAUACAUGUAGAAAGAUAUCAAGAGAGCUUUUGGUAAUAAGGACUGGUACCGGUGUCUGUAAACACGUGUUCUCUGCAGCUGAAUUUAUACUUUACCCCCUGGCUCCUGUGUGCUGAAGGCUCUGGAGAGUUCUCUGUUGUGAGCUUGUCUGACCAAUGUCCUGCUGUGUUCUUUGUAUGUGAAAGGCAAACUCCAGAGAAUAUCCAGGCCCGAUUGUGGAUAUUCCCAAAUUGAAUUUUUGUAAGGUGCAUCAAGCCAUUUUAUCUGUGGGUCCUCAGGUUUAAACUUACUUCCUCCUCUGACUCUAGGUUAAAUAGCAUUCUGUUGUUGUUGCAGGACUCAAUAAGAAAAGAUGACGUCUCACUUGGUCACUUGUGUGACCCUGCUCUCUCUGUGGUGCAGCGUGUGUCACUCCACUCCCAUGUUCUACAAUAUGUCAGACGGCAGCGGCGACGAAGCAGAGCUGGAGCUGCUCUUCCCCACCUCUUUCUCCACCCGAGCUCCUGUCCACGUCACCACCGCCACUGGAGCUCCCACCAUCACCAACAGCAUCACCACCACCAUGAUCCGCCUCAAGGACUUUGUGCUGACCCGAGUCGUGGACUUCCUGCAGGAGAAUCUGCUCAUUAUCAUCGUGGUGACCUCUCUCCUCAUCGUCAUGGUCUUCAUCAUCUGCUGCGCCACUGCGAUGAGUCACAAGCGAAAGCUGGAGACCUACAAGCCGCCUGCUAAUACACCCAGGAAGUACAUGGCGGAUAAAACUACCAGCAAGAAUUCAGGCGAGCUCCAGGAGAGGCCCUACGCCGUCGACCACGUCAAGAGGGUGCAGACUCAGAGCAUGGCCUCCCCAAAGAACCUGCGCACUCCCUCCAAGGCUCUGGUGGGAGAGAGAGGGAGAGACGUCCGGUCGUCACCUCGCCAGGAGGUCAGAAAGGUCAGGGAGGUCGAGGAGGUGGAAAAACGGAGAGAGGAGCCCAAGCACAAAGAGCAGUCCAAGUACAAGGAGGAGGUGCAGCAGAGUUCCAGCCCCAGCACCAGCUCCAGUCCGCCUGCGUGCACCUGCCAUCUGAAAAAGAGCCAUCACUAAGCCAGGGUCCAGGCUUCUCAUUACCUAAAGGUGAAAGGUGACAAAUGAAGACCAGUUGGUUAAUCCACACACAAAGGCAGAAUGUGCCAAAAAGGUUUCGAUCAUUACCUACAUGGGGAGAUAUAUUUAAAUGAGGCUAAUGUCUCAAUGAAAAAAUCAUCCAUCUUUAUAAAAUGUAAUAAAAAAUCAUAUUUAUAGAAAUAUUAAGUACUACCUAAAAAAGAAAACUACAGAGCAGAAGAUAUGUGACCUCUUGUAUAUCUCUAAGUUUCUGAUUAAAUGGUCAACAACUGAUAACAGGAGACGUGAACAACGGUUAUUGAUCAUGAGUGUCUGUGGUGGGAAAAUGGAUGCAACUGUCACAAGUGCUGAUUCUCAUGUGAGAAUUUUCUCCAGAAAGUCUCCUGCUGCUUUACCCAGAUAAACAUCUGUGGAAGAAUCCAGGGAAGAAAGAGCCCAGAGUGAAGGGAGGAGCUGUGGCAAAUAUAAAAUAUGUAAACAUCUAAGGGCAUUCAAACUUUCCUUUACAGUGUCAGUCAGUGACGUCAAUUCUCAAUAUUGUGCUAUUUAAGUUGCAUCCCUUUAUCAAAAGUAUUUUAUGGAUUAAAACAGGCAGAAAGAAAGUUAGUUUGAAAUUUAAAAAAAGAGCAGAUUCAAUUUGCUUGUGUUCCCAAAUAGAAAUAUUAGAAUUGAAAGUAUUCACAUAAGGCUCAUUUCUCCGGUGGCCUGCUGAGACAGAGGCGUCUCCUCAACCUGCUGCAAAACACAACCUCUAUCCAGCAGCUAAGAGCCUGAUCAUCUGUCUCUUCGACAAAACUCUUUUGGUACUGUAAACAAAGCAAAGUGAGACAGCAGUACACUUGACUUGUAAGAAAUUAUUCUCUUUAUAUAUACAUUCAUAUUUACCUACUUUUGUCUUCAUUGCGUUAUUUUAUGUGAUAUUGUUUUUUAUUUACUUUUAGAACCGAUUUCUCAAAGCUUUAUACCGAAAACACAAUUUGAAAUUCAGGUGCUGAACUAAAAGAAAAAUGAUAAACAUCUUGUAUCCAUCUAUACACAUAUUUAUUUUGCUGAUCAUUUAAAUCUAGAUCAAUUUGGCAUCUACAUUUAGAUCAGGCUGUUAUUGGUAAACAGACUUUAUGAGUAAGGGUUUAACUUUUUUUAAUAAGUAAUACUUAUGUACAAAAUAAAUUAUGUUAUUUUAUUUUUAAUGUGAUCAUAUGUUAGCCUGUUUUGUUGGUGUGUUUUCAGGUUCAACUUUAACCUAAAGUGGCAACAAAAACAUCUAAAGCAUUUAAGUGUAAUUGUCAUUUGACUUUAUUAGAGUAAAACCUCAGAUUGCAAUGGAGAAGAUAAUUUAGAAAAACUCUCCUCAAUUUCCUGUGACUGAAAUUAAUUUUUUUGAGAAUACGCGUUGAUGAAAAACAGUUUGUGUGAUUAAUGGCCCAGAGUGAAGAGUCUGGUCAUGAUUUUAUAUUUUAUUCCUCUGAACCUCAGAUUCGAUUUUUUUCCUCAGAUGUUUCCAGACAUGCUUCCUUUGUAAGUGACAGUUUUAUUGUUUACAAAAUGACUGUUGUGUUUUGCUUAUGUUUAAUAAAGUGUUUGUAACAGUGUUUCUGUUUUUAUUACCUCCACCAAGGAGGUUCUCUUUUCACCAUGAAGUCUGGUGGAAGGAUGUGGUGUGGAUCAGGGAAGAACCCAUUACAUUUAAGCUCAAAUCUGGAUCAAGGGACACGUCCAGGAAUAUCUUGUCUCUUUCUGUAACACUGAGAGAAUGUUUUCACAUUUUUUAUUGUGGUCCCAGAGAAGAAUUAAUGGAUCUGGACCAAAAAGCUUUUAAGGACUGAUAUCUUUGGCUUUGUGCUAUUGGUGCAGCUUGAUUGGAUUUAAAAGGACUGUUGGGCAUUGUCUGAGGUGCUGUUGUGGUUGGGAAUGUAGCUGAAGACAUUUUAAAAGCUGUGAUGCCAUGAUGAAACUCAAAUACAGCCUUGAAAAAUAAA